UGUAUUUAGACUCCGCCGGGUCCAAGAUGAAGUGGAUAGUUCUACUGCCAUUACUAUGUCUCUUUGUACAAGCAGAAGAAAGAGAACUUGAUUGGUGGGAGAAGACCAUUUUCUAUCAAAUCUAUCCAAGAUCUUUUAUGGACAGCGAUGGUGAUGGUAUAGGUGACAUAAAUGGAAUAACGUCAAAACUUGAACAUCUCAAAGAAAUGGGGAUUGGGGCAACAUGGCUUUCGCCAAUUUUCAAGUCACCUAUGUACGAUUUUGGGUACGACAUUUCUGAUUUUUACCAGAUCCAAGAAGAAUACGGUACUAUGGAAGAUUUCCAAAGAUUAUUGGCUAAAGCUAAGGAGCUAGACAUCAAAAUCGUACUUGAUUUUGUACCAAACCAUACAAGCAAUGAGAGCAUGUGGUUUCAAGAAGCACUAAAGGGUCACGAGAAAUAUUAUAACUACUUCAUUUGGGAAGACGGAGUAGUAGAUGAAAACGGAAAUCUUCAACCUCCUAACAACUGGGUCAGUAAUUUUCGCAAAAGUGCAUGGGAGUAUAGAGAAGAAGUAGGCAAAUUCUACCUUCACCAAUUUGUCAUUGGACAGCCUGAUUUGAAUUACCGAAACCCUGACGUGGUCGAAGAAAUGAAGAACGUUAUUCGUUAUUGGUUAGAUAUGGGCAUCGCAGGUUUUAGAGUCGAUGCUAUAGCACAUUUGUUCGAAGUUGACAAAGAGGCGUUCGGUGGGAAAUACCCUGACGAGCCACUUACACGAUCAACUGAUGACCCUGACGAUUACGGUUACCUUGAUCAUAUUUAUACCUUACAUCAAGAUGAAACUUAUGACAUGGUUUACCAGUGGAGAGAAAUAUUUGAUGAGUACUCUGCUAAAGAUAAAUCUACUAAAGUAAUGAUGAUUGAGAUUUAUGCUUCACCUGAACAAACUAUGAGAUAUUUUGGAGAUGGUGAACGUGAAGGUGGCCAGAUGCCGUUCAAUUUUGCACUCAUUAGUGAUGUCAAUCGUGAUUCAACAGCAUUCGAAAUUAAAUAUGCUCUCGACAAGUUUCCUACUUUUAAACCUAUUGACAAACUUUCAAACUGGGUGGCUGGGAACCAUGACAAAAGCAGACUUGCAUCGAGAUAUAGUCCUGAAUUAGUUGAUGGAAUGAACAUGAUCCUUCUGUUAAUGCCUGGUAUUGCUGUCACUUACUUGGGUGAAGAAAUUGGUAUGGUCGACGGAUACGUAAGCUGGGAAGAUACCGUCGAUCCGAGUGGAUGUAACACUGACGACCCUGUGAACUACUGGAAACUUUCAAGAGAUCCUGCGCGAACUCCAUUCCAAUGGAGUGCUGAGAAAAAUGCUGGUUUCUCGACUGCGGAUAAAACGUGGCUGCCUGUCGCUGCUGGCUACGAAACCUUGAACGUGGAAUACCAACGCAAUACUGAAAAAUCGCACUUGAACGUAUACAAAGCUCUGGCUAAGCUACGAACUGAGAAGAUAUUCCGUCAUGGACGAUAUGAAUCUGUUGCUUUCAAUAGAGAUGUUUUAGGUUUCAGAAGGUGGUAUAACAAGGAGAACUAUGUAGUUUUGAUCAACUUCAGAGAUGUUCCAUACACUCUAGACAUAAGCUACUUUGAAAAUGUCAUCGGUCAAGUCAGAGUGGCUCUUACAAGCGUUAAUUCUAAUAAAAAUAUUGGAGAUGUACUAAACGUUAAAGCCGUGGACAUUAACGCUUAUGAAGCCUUAGUACUUGAAGUGGUGAAAUAAAGUCGAAAAUAAAUUAGAGUUCCUGUUACACAACGGUCUAGGCCAGAAUUAUUGCAAUCGUAAACAAAAAUUUCCACAUAAU